AUGUCCCGAGACCACAACCACCCCUCCGUGCACCCUACAGCAACUUCAAAUGUGAGGAUUGCCCUCAAUUUCAAGCCAAUGUGGCAUCCAUUCGAGACUAACCGUUCCCAGUCACCUACAUCAGCCACAAAUGGCAUCAAGCCAGCGAGCUCAGGUUCAUCAGCUAACAGCACCGGCACUGUAACUGUCGCCGUCGUCGUGGGUCUUCUCCUAUUGACGAUCAUCGUUUACAUCACUAUUACGGAAUACCGCAAGAUGAAUACAACAGAAGGCUUGAGGGUUAGGACGAAGGAAGGCAAAGAGCGGGCAUUGGUAGCAAACGGUUCGAGGGAGUCAUUUGAGAGUUUUGAAUCAGAGUUGAAAGAAACUGCACCUGCGGUAAUAGUUUUCUCCCGCAUAGCUUCCUAG